AUGGUUACAGGAUCAGACCACUGUGCUCUCCUCUUAUGCCUGAAUGAUUCUCUUUUACCAACCAAAAAACAAUGGCAUUUUGACGCUCGCUGGGUCAAGCAAGAAGACUUUAAACAGGUUGUUAGUGAUGCUUGGGUUUUUCCUGUUAUUGGGUCUGCUCAGUUUUGCUUAAAGCAACGUCUUGUGUACUGCAACUCAGGGAAGUUUGGAGAGAUGAGGAGUUAUUUUGGAAACAAAAGUCGCAUAUCGACUGGCUCAAGCAUAGAGAUUGCAACACUGAUUUCUUCCACCGUAAGGCUCAAAUUCGGCGAAGUAAAAAUUCAAUAUUGGGAUUGGAAGAUGACUCCAGAAAAUGGUGUGAUUCCAAACAAGGGCUCUGCUUUAGAUAAUGAUUUUUGGUCCCUUGUUCCUUCGAAGGUCUCUUCGGAGAUGAAUUCUGACCUUCUUAGUGCUGGAACUAAAGAUGAGAUCCUUUCAGCAAUUAAAUCAAUUGGUCCCUUCAAAGCUCCUAGCCCAGAUGGUCUCACCCCUCUGUUUUUCCAAUCAAAUUGGAACUUGUUGCUCCAUGAUCUCGUUUCAGGCUUUAAUUAUUUUCUCUCUAGUGGUCAUCUUUUGAAAUCACUGAACACCACAAAUAUAGUUCUCAUUCCCAAAAUUAAAAACCUAACCAAAAUAACCCAUUACCGCCUUAUCUCUUUGUGCAACGUAAUUUACAAAGAAUUUUCCAAGGUGAUUGCCAACAACUUGAAAAAGCUUCUACCUUUUCUUAUUAGUGAAAAUCAGACUGCUUUCGUCCUAGGUCGGCUUCUUCAUGAUAAUGCUAUGUUGGCUCAUGAACUCCUCCAUGCCAUGAAGACCAAGUCCCGGUUUGGCCACUUUGCCCUUAAACUUGACAUGUCCAAAGCUUUUGAUAGAGUGGAUUGGAUGUCAUACUCUCUGGUGAUCAACGGGGAAAGUGGUGAUACUUUCGUUCCCCAAAGGGGUCUUAGGCAAGACGACCCUCUGUUGCCUUACCUUUUCUUGUUGUGCACUGAAGGGCUUUCAAUUCUUCUUCAAGAUGCGGAGAGAAAUCAUCACAUUCAGGGUGUGUCGAUUGGUAGAGGUUGUGAACCAAUCAACCACCUGUUCUUUGCUGACGACGCUCUGCUUUUCUGUAAGGCAAACAUGUCCCAAGCGCUGCAUCUGAAAACCAUCAUCUCUAAAUAUGGUUCUCUUACUGGACAAGUUGUAAAUUUUGACAAAUCUAGCUUGUUUUUCAGCUCACAUAUAAGCAUCGAGCUUAGAGAUCAACUUAGAAGAGCUCUUGAUAUCCAUAAUGUUGACUGGAUCAAUCGGUACCUGGGCUUACCUUCUGUUUUGGGUAGAUCUAAAAAAGCCACUUUCAGCUAUCUGGUCAACCAAACUUCUUCUCAAAUAAAGACUCUUAAAGGCGAUUUCUUGUCCAAGGCUGGUCACGAGGUUUUACUUAAAUCGGUCAUCUCUUCCCUCCCCAACCACUCCAUGUAA